UCCAACGUGGCGGCUGAAUAAUGCAGCAGGCGUCAAAUAGUGUGGCGUUUUGUAAGAUAUUCGUAAAUAGUUAAAUUAAGUGUUACUAAAUGUCAGUGUAAUUUUUAUGACUUAUAGUUAAUAUGAGUAGGUAUUACGAUUACGGUAACGCUAUAUCAUGUUGACAUGAGAUGGUCGCUCAUCAACAAUGGUUAAAACACGAUCUUCAGCGAGGGUAGGAAACGCGGCACCGAGUAAUGCGGCACCCUCCGAAAAUGGCAACUCGUCCGAACUUAGAUCGCGGCUCAAAGCUACCGAAAACGGACGUUCACAUAAGAACAACAAUUCUAGGAACAACCAGGCACUAGGGUCGUCGGGCGUGCCGGGCGGGGGGUCGCAGGGUAAGGACCCGCUGGCGCCGGGUCUGGCGUCGCAGCGCAACAUGUACCAGCACCCCGCCGUCACCGGGUACAACACGGACUCGCGACAACAGGGCAUGCCGGUCACUGUAAGUGUUCUACAGACGCUAGGGUCUAGCGGGUCGCAGGUGUUUAAAAGUAAUAAUGUACCGCAGGCACGACAGAACAUGUACGCGAGCGGCAUGUACCACGGGUACGGCACGCCGGGCGCCGCGCUCGCGCCCAUGCCGUCCCCCUCCCCCACCGCGCCGCUGCCGCCCUACCCCGUGCACCCCGACGUCAAGUUCAAGAAAUUGCCGUUCUACGACGUAAUGGCGGAGCUGAUGAAGCCGACCACAAUGAUGCCGACACAAGCGGGCCGCAUGCAGGAGGGGGCCUACCAGUUCCACCUCACACCCGCGCAGGCCACCGACAUAGCGUGCGGCAAGGACAUCGUCGGCACCAGCAACAAACUAGACUAUGUUAUACAGGCCCAAUUGAGGUUUUGCCUUCUGGAGACGACGUGUGAACAAGAAGACUGCUUCCCGCCAAGUGUUAACGUUAAAGUCAACAACAAAAUGUGUCCAUUGCCAAACCCGAUCCCAACGAACAAGCCAACACCGGAGCCGAAGCGGCCGCCGCGGCCUGUCAAUAUAUCCUCGCUGGUGAAGCUUUGUCCCACAGUGGCCAACACAGUCCAGGUGACGUGGGCGUCGGACUUCACGCGCGCGUACGUGCUCAGCGUGUUCCUGGUGCGCAAGCUGACCUCCGCCGAGCUGCUGCUCCGGCUCAAGAACAAGGGCACCAAGAACCCGGACUACACGCGCUCGCUCAUAAAAGAGAAGUUGUCAGAAGACUACGACAGCGAGAUAGCGACGACCUCCCUCCGCGUGUCCCUCAUGUGUCCGCUCGGCAAGAUGCGCAUGUCGUGCCCGUGCCGGCCGGCCAACUGUCCGCACCUGCAGUGCUUCGACGCCUCGCUGUUCCUGCAGAUGAACGAGCGCAAGCCCACGUGGCUGUGCCCCGUGUGCGACCGGCCCGCGCUGUACGACUCGCUGGUGGUGGACGGAUACUUCCAAGAGGUGUUGACGUCGCCGCGGCUGGCGGGCGACUGCAACGAGAUCCAGCUGCACGCGGACGGCAGCUGGUCGGCGCACGCGCCGCCCGCGCGCGCGCCGCAGGCCGCGCAGCCCGCCGCCGAGCCCGUCACGCUCAUCGCCGACGACCUGGAGGUCAUACCAGUGGAAGGCAACAGUGGUAACGCCAAACGCGCCGCAGUCGGAGAGAACAGGACGCCAAAAGCCACAGAGGUCCUCGUGGACCUCACGUCGGACUCCGAGGACGAGCUGCCGCUGAAGCGGAAAGUGCCGCAGCCCAAACCCACGCCUCCGGCCGAGGUCACCGUCAAGACUGAUGACACGUAUUCUUCUUCAAAUGGCGUGGAGGCGGUGUCGUCGUCGGGCUACCGGUCGCCGGGCGGCGCGGGCGGCGUGAUCUCGCUGGACUCGCCGUCGCCGCCCGCGCCCGCCUCGCCCGCCGCCGCCGACCCGCUGCCCGCCACGCCGUCCCACCUCUCCAUCACGCCCGUCGACCAGUGCACGAGCAACAACAGCGAGCGUGAGGAAGGCGACGCGGCGCCCGCGCACUGGGCGCCCUACGCCGACUCGGACCGGGAUUCGCAUGAUUCAUAUCGAAGGUAA